AUGGCUGGCAAGCCCCCGAACAACAGGAACGACCUCCUCCUCGACCUGAACGAUGAGCAACCGAUAUACAAAGACGGCCAGCGGGCUCCUGUAAACGAUGACGAUCUGCUACGCGCAUACACUGCCGACCACGACACCUCAAAUCCCCGCCCCUCAAUAUCUUACGAUGAUUUCGUUGGGGCUGGUGAACCACAUCCGGGAACAAAGAAUCUACCUGGUGGGCCUGGAACAGUGCCGGGCUAUGGAGCUGGUCCAUACGCUUCUGGAAGUGCAGGAAGGACAUAUAGCCAGACGUCGGGGUUGAAUAACUACCAACGUUAUGCGGAUGACCUGGAUGACUUCCCUGAGGAUGGAGGAUCAUACUAUAAUCAAGGAGGCGCGCUGCCUGGGGGUGGAGCCGGUAUGUCGAUGGGAGGGAAGCCUAGGAACCGAAAUAGUGUGAUGAGUAUGGGAGGCGGCCUGAUGGGAAGAGCAAAAAGCAUGCUGGGGAUGGGCCCGGAGUACUCGGAGAUGGAUCUUCCUUUGACUGAGCCAGGAGCCAGGUCACAUACAGACGGUCCAGAAACGCCGAAAACACCUAAAAAGAGCUUCGACGUGGGCAAAUUCAAGUUCGGAUUCGGUAGAGGAAAACCAGACCCAUCGACCCUGGGCCCUAGGAUCAUCCAUCUCAACAAUCCCCCAGCGAACAGUACGAAUAAGUAUGUGGACAAUCACAUAUCUACGGCGAAGUAUAACAUCGCAACCUUUUUACCCAAAUUCCUCCUAGAACAGUUCUCCAAAUUUGCCAACAUUUUCUUCUUAUUUACUGCGGCUUUGCAACAGAUACCCAACAUUUCGCCUACGAACAAGUAUACCACAAUCGGUCCGUUGAUUCUCGUCCUGUUGGUGUCUGCUGGUAAAGAGUUGAUUGAGGAUUACAAGAGAAAAUCGUCAGACAAAACGCUGAAUAAUUCGAAGGCGCGAGUUCUGCGAGGAUCAUCAUUUCAAGAGACAAAAUGGAUAAAUGUUGCAGUCGGAGAUAUUGUGCGCGUUGAGUCUGAAGAGCCUUUCCCAGCCGACAUUGUCCUGCUUGCGAGUUCGGAACCAGAAGGCCUUUGCUACAUUGAAACGGCGAAUCUUGAUGGAGAAACGAAUCUCAAGAUCAAGCAAGCAAUUCCAGAGACGUGUGUUAUGGUUAGCUCAAGCGAUCUGAGCAGACUUGGAGGAAAGCUGCGUUCAGAGCAGCCGAACAGCAGUCUCUAUACGUACGAAGCUACUUUGACCGUAGCCGCUGGAGGUGGCGAGAAAGAACUUCCGCUCCAACCUGAUCAGCUACUUCUUCGAGGAGCAACACUACGAAAUACUCCCUGGAUCCACGGUGUUGUUGUUUUUACUGGCCAUGAGACUAAACUUAUGCGGAACGCAACUGCGACCCCGAUUAAGAGAACUGCCGUGGAGAGGCAACUCAACAUUCUGGUGCUCCUGCUAGUUGGCAUUCUCAUAAUCCUCAGUGUGAUCAGCUCUAUUGGCGAUCUGAUCGUACGAAUCUACCACUCUUCGGAGUUGACUUACCUUGGCUAUACUCUGUCAACGACUGCUUUGCAGAAGGUGCAACAAUUCUGGGCAGACAUCUUCACUUAUUGGGUGCUUUAUUCUGCUCUCGUGCCAAUCUCGCUUUUCGUUACGAUCGAAAUUGUCAAGUACUGGCAGGCCAUUCUCAUCAACGAUGAUCUCGACAUGUACUACGACAAGAUGGAUACCCCUGCUGUGUGCCGUACAUCAAGCCUGGUGGAAGAACUGGGAAUGGUCGAGUACAUCUUUUCUGACAAGACAGGUACUCUGACUUGUAAUCAGAUGGAGUUCAAACAGUGUUCGAUUGGAGGGAUUCAAUAUGCAGAAGAGGUCCCGGAGGACCACCGUGCUACAAUUCAAGAUGGCAUCGAGGUCGGAGUUCACGAUUUCACCCGGCUGAAGGAGAACCUGCAAAACCACGAGUCAAGCGUUCUGAUACACCAUUUCUUGGCAUUGCUGGCUACCUGUCAUACAGUUAUUCCCGAAAGAACUGAUGAGAAAGGAGGAGCAAUCAAAUACCAAGCAGCCUCGCCAGAUGAAGGGGCUUUGGUGGAGGGUGCUGUUAUGAUGGGGUACCAGUUUACGGCACGAAAGCCGAGGUCCGUUCAAAUCACAGUCAAAGGUGAAGAAUUCGAAUACGAACUGUUGGCUGUUUGCGAAUUCAACUCGACCAGGAAGCGGAUGUCAACCAUCUUCCGGUGUCCAGAUGGGAAAAUUAGAUGCUAUUGCAAGGGUGCUGAUACUGUGAUUCUUGAGAGAUUGGGUGGCAAUAAUCCACAUGUCGAUAUCACACUACAACAUCUCGAAGAGUAUGCGUCGGAAGGUCUUCGAACUCUUUGUCUUGCGAUCCGCGAGAUCCCAGAGCAAGAAUUCCAAGAAUGGUGGCAGGUUUUUGACAAAGCGCAAACUACCAUCAGCGGUAAUCGUGCAGAAGAGCUCGACAAAGCCGCGGAAAUCUUGGAACGCGAUUUCACUCUUCUUGGCGCAACAGCUAUCGAGGAUCGUCUUCAAGAUGGUGUCCCGGAGACUAUUCACACACUUCAAGAAGCCGGAAUCAAGGUCUGGGUCCUGACUGGAGAUCGUCAAGAGACCGCCAUCAACAUCGGCAUGAGUUGCAAACUGAUUAGCGAAGACAUGACUCUCCUCAUCGUCAACGAAGAAAAUGCGGUGAUGACCCGAGAUAACAUCCAAAAGAAACUAGACGCCAUUCGCACGCAAGGUGAUGGAACUAUUGCCAUGGACACUCUAGCUCUUGUGAUCGACGGGAAAUCGUUGACCUAUGCCCUGGAGAAGGAUUUGGAGAAGAAUUUCUUGGACCUCGCUGUGAUGUGCAAGGCAGUUAUUUGCUGUCGAGUCUCGCCACUUCAGAAAGCCUUGGUCGUGAAGCUUGUUAAGCGUCAUCUCAAAGCUAUUCUUUUGGCAAUCGGCGAUGGCGCCAAUGAUGUAUCCAUGAUUCAAGCUGCACAUAUUGGCGUGGGUAUCAGCGGUAUGGAAGGCCUUCAAGCUGCUCGAAGUGCGGAUGUUUCCAUCGGACAGUUCAGAUAUCUUCGCAAGUUGCUUCUAGUGCACGGCGCCUGGAGUUACCAAAGAGUCAGCAAGGUCGUUUUGUAUUCUUUCUAUAAGAAUAUCACCCUGUACAUGACGCAGUUCUGGUACUCCUUCCAAAACGCCUUCUCCGGAGAAGUUAUCUAUGAGUCCUGGACCCUUUCCUUCUACAAUGUGUUCUUCACUGUCUUGCCACCUCUAGUGAUGGGUAUCUUCGAUCAAUUCAUCUCAGCCAGAUUAUUGGAUCGGUAUCCUCAACUAUAUCAGAUCGGACAGAAAAACACUUUCUUCAAGAUGCACUCCUUCUUCUCAUGGGUCGGCAACGGCUUUUACCACUCGCUCAUACUCUACGUUACGUCCGAGUUCAUUUGGUGGAACGAUCUUCCCCAGAGUGAUGGCAAGACUGCAGGACAUUGGGUUUGGGGAACGGCACUGUAUACCGCCGUUCUCGCAACAGUGCUGGGGAAAGCUGCACUGGUAACGAAUAUCUGGACCAAGUACCACGUCAUCGCUAUUCCUGGAAGUAUGAUAAUUUGGAUGGUAUUCGUCGCCGUGUACGCAACAGUGGCGCCAAAGCUUGGAUUUUCGACGGAAUAUCAGGGAGUCGUACCCAGGUUAUUCCCAAGUCCGAUCUUCUGGCUUCAAGUACUCGUCAUCCCAAUCCUUUGUCUGUCGAGAGAUUUCGCAUGGAAAUACUCGAAACGAAUGUACUACCCUCAAACAUAUCACCACAUUCAAGAGAUUCAGAAGUACAACAUUCAAGAUUACAGACCACGGAUGGAGCAGUUCCAAAAGGCCAUCCGUAAAGUGCGCCAAGUCCAGCGUAUGCGAAAACAACGCGGCUACGCUUUCUCACAAGCUGACGAGUCUCAAACGCGCGUAUUACAAGCUUACGAUACCACACGAGAACGUGGCCGCUACGGAGAAAUGGCGAGUUCGAGGCCGAAAGGGAGGUGA